AUGUCAAGCGAUCAGCGAAUCCACUUCGGCGGACCCUCGACUACUGGGCUCCCCGCCUCGGGGGAACACCCCCUACGUGAUGAAACCCACGACGAACGCCCCGCGGCGGUGUCAGAACGCUACUGGCAACUGUUUAAUGACCCAGGCUUGUCGCCUCCCGGCGAUACACCCGCCGGCCCGUCGCAAGUGCCACCCGAGGCCUUUCAUGACCUCACCCACCAGGUCCGAACCCUGACAAGCAUGGUGCAGACUAUCGUCCCAAUCGUCUCCCAGCGAGCCCCUCCGCAUGCGACCCGACCUUCGCAGCAACGGGAGCCCCCUGUCCGGACUCACGCAUCGCUUCCAGAGCUUCCUGUCUCGCCUCGAAACCCCACAACUCGGCCUGGGAGCCGGGAAGCGGAGGACACGGCGAGCUGCCCCAAGCCCGAGGCUCCGACCGCCGACUCGACGAAUGCCUUGCGAGCUCAGCUGCGCCUCGUCAGUCAAAAACUGGACGAGGUACAACAGGAAGUUCGCAAGUCAAAAGGAGAGCUCGGGGCGGACGGACACCAAGGAUCCCCGUUCACCCCCGAGAUACAAGAGCAGGCGAUCUCGCCACACUUCCGCCUCCCCUCGCUGGACGCGUAUGAUGGCGCCGCUGACCCAGCGGACCACGUGGCCGCUUUCCGCACCCAGAUGGCGCUGUACGAGACUUCUGACGCUUUAAUGUGCAGGGCAUUCCCGACGACUCUGCGGGGGCCAGCCCGCGCAUGGUACAGCGGCCUGAAGCCCGGGACCAUCGCCUCCUUCGAUCAGCUCGCCAAGGAUUUCGAGCUUAACUUCUUGGCCUACGCCCGACCGAAGCCGUCCAUGGCGCUGCUCCUCGGGCUCAACCAGAAGGAGGACGAGCCCCUCUCCCAUUUUGUGAACCGCUUUAUGACGCAGAUCCGCGGAUUAUCGGAUGCUCACCCCUCUCUCUUAAUGCAGGCAUUCAUGACAGGCCUACGGCCCUCCAGGUUCUUCUGGUCGCUCGUAGAGCGGCCCCCCGCCGCGGUCCCCGAAAUGCUCCAGCGUGCCAGUCAAUUCGUCGCCGCGGAGACUUGGAUGGCUGGGAAGCGGGAGGAUCACAAAAAGGUCAAGUCAGAGCCGUCCCGACAGCUACAACCCGUCGCCUCCCGGCGGAGGACAGACAGACCCGAAUCAAGGUCUCCUCUUCCCGCCUUGAAUUCGUCCCGAACCGAAAUAUUCCUGCAUGAGAAGGGGAAGGGGCUGCUCAAGGACCCUCACCCGAUGAGGAACCCGCGGGAGCUCGCAGACCGUUCAAGAGGACACCUCGGCCAGUAUCUCCGGCCGAACAAGGAGCAGUCGCCUCGACCGGAGGGCCCCGUCGAGCGGCACGUCAAUGUGAUAGCCGGGGGCCCUGCAUCAGGGGGAGGCUCCAUGUCGGGCAGAAAGGCGUAUGCCCGAGCCGCUCCUGACGAAGCCUCGGGACACGAGCCUGAGCUCGAGAUUACCUUCCCAACCGGAGCUUCCGAGCGCCCCGACCACGACGACGCCUUAGUGAUAUCGGCCAGGGUAGCCAACGCGCAAGUGAGGAGAAUCAUGGUCGACACAGGGAGCUCGACCGAUAUACUUUACUUCGACGCCUUCCAGAAGCUGGGCUUGGCCAGGGAAAAUCUGAGCCCGAUGUGCUCGACACUCACCGGUUUCACGGGAGAUUCAAUAUCACCCCUGGGAGCUGUUACUUUGCCCUUGACUCUGGGGACCCCGUCGAGGUCGAAAAUGGUGAUGACCACAUUCUUGGUGGUCGACCUUCCCACUGCCUACAAUGCCAUACUCGGCCGGCCGACCCUCAACAAGGUCAGAGUCAUCGUCUCAACCUACUACCAGACCAUCAAGUUCCCAACUCGUGCUGGAGUCGGGGAAGUCACGGGAAGCCCCCGAGAGUCCAGGCGGUGCUACCUUACCGUCGUCUCGUUGGGAAAGAGAGCUAGGACCGAGGCGCCCUUGGAAGACCCACGGGAAACAAAAAAACUGGCUCCUCAUCUCGAGCCGAGGGGAUCCACUGUUGACGUACCCUUGCGAGAAGCUCGGCCAGACCAGGCGAUCAAGAUCGGAUCGGAGCUGCCCGAGCGGGAGUAG